GCCAUUUCGAACAUAUCCAUCCUCUAUUCUAUGGCCAUGGCAAACCAACAGCAGCACCAACCAUGCCAUGGCAUAACUGAACAAGCACAAGUUGUUGUGGUCAUGGUGCCCUUUCCAGCACAAGGCCAUCUCAACCAGCUCCUCCAACUCUCCAGGCUCGUCCUAUCCUAUAACAUCCCGGUCCACUAUGUCGGCGCCACCACCCACAAUCGUCAGGCCAAGCAGCGCGUGCACGGUUGGGAUCCAGACGCCGCAGCGAGUAUCCAUUUCCAUGAUAUUGAGAUCCCUCCUUUUCAUUGCCCUCCUCCCAAUCCAAAUGCCAAAAUCAAGUUCCCUUCUCAUUUGCAACCUGCUUUCAAUGCCUCGUCUCAUCUUACAGAGCCUGUUUCAAUGCUUGUACGUGCACUUUCAUGCAAAGCAAGGAAGAUUGUUGUAAUUCAUGACUCUCUAAUGGGGUCUGUGAUUCAAGAAGCUCGUUUACUCCCUAAUGUAGAGUCUUACAUUUUCCGUAGUGUAUCUGCUUUUACUGUUUCCUCGUAUGCAUGGGAACAGCAAGGGAAGAAUAUUAUAGAGGAUAAUGAGUUGUUUCCACAGGAUAUUCCUUCUCUUGAAGGGUGUUUUACUGCUGAGUUUGCAGAUUUUUUUGCUCGUCAAUCUAAUUACCAAAAGCUCAACACUGGCUGUGUUUACAACACUUGUAAACUGGUAGAAGGUGCUUAUAUGGAUUUGCUUGAGAAAGAAACAGCUAAGGAAGGCAUUAAGCACUGGGCUUUAGGACCUUUCAAUCCCGUGACAAUACCCGAGAGAUCAGAAAAGAAGAGGUUUUGCUUGGAUUGGCUUGAUAAACAUGCAAGAAACUCAGUCAUUUACGUGUCGUUUGGGACGACUACAACCUUGGAUGAUGAACAAAUCAAGGAGCUGGCAAUUGGGCUGAGAGAAAGUAAACAAAAGUUUAUUUGGGCACUACGAGAUGCUGAUAAAGGAGAUGUUUUCAACGGAGAAGAGAGAAGAGCAGAACUCCCAGAAGGGUACGAGGAUUCAGUGGAUGGGAUAGGACUAGUGGUGAGAGACUGGGCACCCCAGCUAGAGAUUUUAGCCCAUCCGGCAACAGGAGGGAUUAUGAGUCACUGUGGAUGGAAUUCUUGCAUGGAAAGUAUUACCAUGGGAGUGCCAAUUGCUGCUUGGCCUAUGCACUCAGAUCAACCAAGAAACGCAGUUCUAAUAACAAAAAUCCUCAAGAUUGGAGUUGUAGUUAAGGAAUGGGAGCUAAGAGAUGAGAUUGUAACGUCAAAGAUUGUUGAAAGUGCUGUGAAAAAGCUAAUGGCAUCGACAGAAGGUGAUGAGAUGAGAAGGAGAGCAGAAGAAAUGGGGGAGUCCGUGCGAGUAUCCGCGGCUGAAGGAGGAGUUUCUCGUAUGGAGAUGGAAUCCUUCGUUGCUCAUAUCACGAGUUAAUUUUUUAAGUGGGCACUAAUUAAGCUGGUUUCGCUAGCCAUAAUAAAUUUUCAACCUGCAAUGAAAUGCAGCUAGGCAAGUACAAGAGAUCUAUACAGUCCUUGUACUCAUACUGGAUUGUCAUUAAAUUAAUUAUAACUUCUGCCGUUUUUGCAUUUCAAAUAAAAAUAAAAGUGUACCGUUUGUUUUUUUUC